AUGCGUAAUCUUUCUUUGGAAAUUCUCCUAUCCUCUGAAAAUGUACCCAAGCGCCUAUCGGACUCGCGUGAUAUUGUAUACCUCUACUCACUAGUACCAUUAAACAGGAAGUCGAACCAAAAAAUUGGGAAAACUUCUAACCUGUCAGAAACUGCCGAGCCACAGGUGGUUAACAAUUGGUUUCUUAGAAAUCAACCGCGAGGAGAGAGAGGAGAGAGAGAUAUUAUAGUGCAGCGCGUGUACGCGCAGACACAACGUGCACUCUCUAUUCCUGUCACUCUCAUACUCUGGUGGGACGAUCACUCGACACGACCAGUGAGAGUUAAGGCGCAGGACCGACGGCUUUACGUGCUCUCCGAGGCACGAUUG